GGCCCUAAGCGUCGCGACCUGGGGGCUUCGGGGAGGUAGCCGUGGACGUGGGCAGAGCGCGGGCCUCGUGGUGUGCGGGCACUGUGGGCCGGGCGAGCCCCUUCCCGCCCGUGUGGUGAGCCGGCCUCGGCGCCCGGUUCUGUGACAUCACAGGCGGUUUCGUGGCGCAGCCUGCGGUACAGAGGCCGGGGAUUUGAGGUGGCCUCGUCUUGUUUGAUCUUGGGGAACCUCGGCAGGCGGAAAGCUUUGAUGCUUUGGUGCAUGGCAGAUUGAGAGGAAACGUGUAUCUUCGUACACUUAAAGUUUCCUUUCCUUUUUUUUUUUUUGAUACGGAGUCUCGCUCUAUCGCCCAGGCCGGAGUGCAGUGGGCGCGCGAUCUCGGCCCACUGUAACCUCCCUGGGAGGGAGGGAUAUUACUCUUCUGAGAGUAAUAUCACCCUCUCGCCCCCGGAUUAGUUUUCUUUUGGAAGAGAUCAGCUCAUUCCAGCCUCUUCCCUCCUCUCCUCCAGAUUAAAGAGACGGUGAGGGUCGGGUGCGGUGGCUCACGUCUGUAAUCCCAGCACUUUGGGAGACCGAGGUGGGCGGAUCACCUGAGGCCGGGCGUUCGAGACCAGCUUGACCAACAUGGGGAAAACCGCUCUCUACUGAAAAUACAAAAAUCAGCUGAGCGUGGUGGUGGGCGCCUGUAAUCCCAGCUACUGGGGAGGCUGAGGCAGGAGAGUCGCUUGAACCUGGGAGGCAGAGGUUGUGGUGAGCCGAGAUGGUGCCACUGCACUCCAGCCUGGGCAACAGAGCAAGACUCUGUCUCAAAAAAACAAGGCCGGGCGCCUGUAAUCCCAGCACUUUGGGAGGUCAAGGCGGGUGGAUCGCCUGAGGUCAGGAGUUGGAGACCAGCCUGGCCAACAUGGUGAAACCCCGUCUCUACUAAAAAUACGAAAUUUUCUGGGCCUGGUGGCGGACGCCUCCCAGCUACUCUGGAGGCUGAGGCAGGAGAAUCGCUUGAACCCGGGAGGUCAGGAGUUCAAGGCCAGCUUGACCAACAUAGCAAAACUCUCUUUCUACUAAAAAUACAAAAAUUACCCAAGUGUGGUGGCGGGCACUGCAGUGAGCCGAGAUUGUGCCACUGCACUCCAGCCUGGGCAACUGAGACUCCAUCUCAGAAAGAAGAAAAAAACUGCAAAGAGAUCCUCUCCGGGGUCGCGGCAGGUUGACAUCAUGGACAUAUGUGAGUCCAUCCUGGAGAGGAAGCGGCAUGACAGCGAAAGGUCUACUUGUAGCAUCUUGGAGCAGACAGACAUGGAAGCUGUCGAGGCUCUUGUUUGUAUGAGCUCUUGGGGUCAAAGAUCCCAGAAAGGUGACCUGUUGCGGAUAAGACCCCUCACGCCUGUCUCUGACUCUGGGGAUGUCACCACCACUGUGCACAUGGAUGCAGCCACACCUGAACUACCAAAAGACUUCCAUUCUUUAUCGACUCUGUGCAUAACUCCUCCUCAGAGCCCUGAUCUCGUGGAGCCAUCGACAAGGACACCUGUUUCUCCCCAAGUAACAGAUUCCAAAGCAUGCACAGCCACGGAUGUUCUCCAGUCCUCUGCCGUAGUGGCCAGAGCUCUGAGCGGGGGCGCGGAGAGGGGCUUGCUGGGUUUGGAGCCAGUGCCCAGCUCUCCCUGCAGGGCCAAGGGGACUAGCGUGAUCCGACACACUGGGGAGAGCCCUGCUGCCUGCUUUCCCACCACCCAGACUCCAGAUUGCCGGCUUUCUGACAGCAGAGGAGGAGAAGAGCAGCUUCUGGGACACUUUGAAACUUUGCAGGACACACACCUCACGGACAGUUUACUCAGCACUAACUUGGUGUCCUGUCAGCCCUGCUUGCACAAGUCUGGUGGCCUGCUGCUCACUGACAAAGGCCAGCAGGCAGGGUGGCCUGUUGCAGUUCAGACUUGCUCACCAAAGAAUUAUGAAAAUGACCUGCCCAGGAAAACCACCCCUCUGAUUUCUGUCUCUGUCCCUGCUCCCCCUGUCCUUUGCCAGAUGAUCCCUGUGACUGGACAAAGUAGCAUGUUACCAGCUUUUUUGAAGCCCCCUCCCCAGUUGUCUGUGGGGACUGUGAGACCCAUCCUAGCUCAGGCUGCUCCAGCGCCUCAACCUGUGUUCGUGGGACCUCCUGUGCCUCAGGGAGCUGUGAUGUUGGUCCUGCCCCAGGGAGCCCUCCCUCCGCCUGCCCCCUGUGCAGCCAAUGUCAUGGCUGCCGGGAGUACCAAGUUGUUGCCCCUUGCCCCUGCUCCAGUGUUCAUCGCCUCUAGCCAAAACUGUGUCCCUCAGGUAGACUUUUCCCGAAGGAGGAACUAUGUUUGCAGCUUCCCAGGUUGCCGGAAGACCUACUUCAAAAGUUCCCACCUUAAGGCCCAUCUUCGCACUCACACAGGGGAGAAGCCUUUCAACUGCAGCUGGGAUGGCUGUGAUAAAAAGUUUGCUCGUUCGGAUGAGCUGUCACGCCACCGCAGAACUCACACAGGGGAGAAGAAGUUUGUGUGCCCGGUGUGUGACCGACGUUUCAUGCGCAGUGACCACCUGACAAAGCAUGCCCGGCGCCACAUGACGACCAAGAAGAUCCCAGGCUGGCAGGCAGAGGUUGGCAAGCUGAACAGAAUCACCUCUGCAGAGAGCCCGGGGAGCCCACUGGUGAGCAUGCCAGCCUCUGCCUGAAAGGUCCAUUAGGACAUCACUCAUGGGAUUUUUAAAAAGCCUCUUUCCAGGAAUGGAAGUGAUGGAUUCCUCUCCCACUGCCUCACCCAAAAAAAACGGUCUUGGCGGCCUAGGGGAAGAUCGGGGAGCUGGUUUUGAUGAAAGUAUGUUAACUUUUCUUUUCCACUUGGGACCCUGUUCAGUAUCUUUUGUAGUUUCAGAAGUUUUUUUGUUUUGGUUUUUUUUUUAAAGAAAUGGUAGAAAAUUUGAUAAUCUGAAUCACCAGCAUUCAAACAAAUAUUUCGGCAAUAAAGUUUACAAAAUCUGGAUUUUUACAACCUUUUCUAUUGAUGUUUUGUAGAAAUAAGACAGGGUACUAAUUUUUAUACUGGUUUUUAGAAAAAUAUUUAUAUUGUUGGUGCUCAAAUCACCAAUUUCUAGCUAGAUCAUUUUGCAGCCUUCUUUUCAGUGUUUAAUAACAAAGUUUUUUCUAAUGGCCCUUCUUUUAGUAAACUCGACAUGUUAUUCCACUACAAAAAUCAUAAGUUAUCUGGCCUUUUAGAUCUUUUUAGAAUCGGACCUGGUUGAGUAAGGACCUCUUAAAAGGGAAAAAUAAAUUUUGCCGUCAGCUUCUUGAUAACGUUUUCAAGGAAAUUCUAGGCAAUCAUUCCUGUCACCAAAGAACUAGAAUUUUGGUUGACUGGAACUAGUGAGCUGUGUCCAUGGUGUGUCAUGAAGGAUGUACCCCAGAGAGUAACAUGAGCCACGGGGCAGAUCCCAGGGACCAGUACUUGCUGCAGGAUCUAGUCUGUAAUAGUCUUGGCCAUGGCUCUGCUGAAAGCAAGCCAUUCAGUUUCUUGUUUGUACCUAAAACACCAAAAAAGAAACACUCAAAUCCAGCUGCUUUGUCAAUUGUCAGUUCUGACUCCUUUUGCUGUGGCCUUAUCCGUACUAUAUUGUGGGUAGAGUAACUUCUCAGAAAAAAAGGAAAUGUCUGUAUUGGUUGGAUGAAACUCCACCAGAGCACAGCUUAGCUGGGGCGAGAUGCAUGUGAAGGCAGGCAGUGCCAAGAUUCCGCUUCCUUUGUUUGCCAAAUACUAGAAACGCAAGGAAAUGCAGGUUACGCUAAAUGGCAGUAAUACUACCCAACUGCCUUUCUGUUCAUUUUGUUCGAAGGAAAUUGUUUUGACCAAACAGAAAAUUACUUGGAAUGGUGUGUUUUACAGUCUACCUAGAAAAUAGAUGGACAAUAUUUUUCAACUGUGUGAGCACAUAGAUAACCGAGAGAAUGUGGCCACCUGUGUUCAAGAAGCCACUGAUACUGGUUUUUGUUAAACAUUGGAAGUUCAGGCAAUGGAAUAAAUGUAGGAACAUACAGAAUGUUGCACUAAUUUGGUAGCCUGGGAAUUUUUUUUAUUGUGCAGUAUGUAUUUAAAUUUUGUCUAUGUUAAUUAUCAGCAUUUACCUUUAUUUAAAUGAUGGUAAGGUGGAAUAUUGAGUAAAAUUAGGUUUUGUGUUUUGUUCUUUGUAGUCUGAUAAAAUCUCCACCUGGUCAUUCAUUGUGUGUGACUUGAUACCAGUUAACUUGCCCCUUAGUAUCAGCUGUUACUUGACACAAAUGUGUGUGUUUUUCAGAGGUUUUCAGUCUGGACACUCCAUAGGUGAGUGUCGUGUCGUUGUGAGACAGCACAGUUGUCUCAUGUUGUGCAUAGUUCGUGUUUCCUCACCACCCAGUCCUUUCUCCUGCUCAUCAAAAUCAGCAUACACAUUUUUGACUGUACACACUAUAAAUGGCAUCAAAUUUGGAUAUUUUUCUUAGUUAUGACAUGCAAAGUAAUGUGAGUCCUGCCAGUAUUCUGGUGGAUAAGGUCUUUUGAGUAUUUGGUUGCUUGUCACAGCAUUCUCCAAGUAGUGAUAUUUCUAAAGAGGAGAUACAUGUUGAAAACGGUUUUAAUUUACACUUCCAUUUCCUGAUUACAUUUGGAAAUACUUUGUGUAAACCAUCUCCCUUCCACCUCCAUUUGUCUGUUGAAAGAUUUUAAGUUGGAAACAGUUCCUGUCUGAAAACUCUUCUGAGAACCACAAACCUUGUGUAUGGAUUCGGCGUGGAGCCCUCAGCUGGCGGCUCUGGGUGCUGGCGGCCGCCGGAGAGGUGGGCUCCCCUCGUGCACUUUAUUGCCUGGGCAGUUUUGCUUGAUCUUUUGUGACUUUGAGCCUUUUAAGUAGUUUGAAUGAUAAGACUUAAAAUGUUUCAUAAUUAUGUUUUAUGUAACAGACUUUGACAUUAUUUAAACGAGCAUGUGUAAUGUAACUUUUCUCUUUGAAUCAUAUAAAACUUGAUUUUAAAUUG